AUGGGGACGAGCUUGAAAAGAAAAUUGACAAGAGACUGUCACGAUGGUGGUGAUGCGAAGAGAGUCCAGGUGGAUAAAGAGGCAGAUCGUGAUGCUUCCUCGAGUGAGGCAAUACCAAUCCCAACCCCAGUCACGAUUGCGCAAACCCCAGCAGGAAAUCUUACGCUUACAAGACUGCCAGCAGAAAUCCAACUCCAGAUCUACGACGAGGCCCUCCGAAGCCUAUGCAAGCCCCGCAUCGUCCAAUUGGACAUCCAGACCGUGCCCUGCUUCGACCAGACCAGACGGCACCUCGGCGUCACCCGCAGCUGGGAGCUCACAGUCCCUAACCGCGCCUAUCUCCACCUCGAGAACGCGCGCGAGAUGGCUCGCACCCUCCUCCCCCUGAGCACCAGCGGCAGGCACACAGCCGAGCAGUUCCUCCGCACCCACGAGGUUCUGGAGACGCCAAGCCGGUGCCGCGCGAUGCUGGGGCUGGAUCUUUCUCUGGUGUCGGAUGUGUUUUGGCUGCCGCAUGACCUUUGCGACUUUGCUACGGUGCGGAAACGGUAUGCGCCGGCCUGGAAGGGGCAAGAUGCUGUGGACGAGGGACGGGUGCGGCGGGUGAUGAUGAGCCUGGAAACACUGGAGCUAGAGCUGGCCUGGGCGCGGGGGGAUAUUGGACAGCUAGACCUUGUGGCCACCGCCGUGGCCGGGCGGACGGAGGAAGGAGAGGCCGAGGCUAACAGCAUUAUGCAGUCCGUGACGCCGUUGCAGGACAUUCUACUACGGUACUACCCUCUCUGCGACGAAGUUGUGGUCCUAGUGGGCUUGCAGGGUCGCCCACAUGUUUCUUGGGACGACUUGUACUAUGUUCCGGAGCAGGAGGUGAAUGCGGUGCUGGGCGGUUUCGAAAUCGUACGAGGAGUUCUGUGA